GCUGCCUGCAUCAGGCGGUCUUGUUCUUAUUCGCCUUCUCUCUAGAGCCAAAACGUUCUUCUAGUCCCCAACAUGAGCUUCUUCAGCCGUUCCAGCGCGAGUAACCAGCCCAGCCAACAGCCGUACUCCCGCCCUCCCCCGGGGAGCACGUCUAGCGUCCCCUCGUCCGGGCAACGUGUUCCUACUCCUCGUUAUGAUGACCCUCGGAUGUAUGAGAAGCAAGGAGGAUAUAGCCACAGGCGGACCCCGUCUGCUUCAUCCCGAGGGGGCGGCGCAUUCUCCGUUGUAUCGGCACCGAACGACCAACUAGCAUUCACUAACUGUCUAAUUGUCAACCCUUCCGACUUCCACCAGGGGCAGCAUGUUAUCGCAAAGCAGCAGUAUCCAUUGACUGUGCGUCACGAUAAUACCGGAAAGAUCUCCCCUGGCUCUGUGGGCGCAGGCAGCUUGCAGCGACAGUGGAUUGGCCUUUCCCUCACCGGAGACUCGGUCACGGUAGAGCCCUAUCCGCACACCCCAUCAUACUUGGGUUCCGUAGACAUCGAGGCCGGUUUCCUUCGACGAGGUCAUGAAAUCCCUGAAGCAUUCUCUGCCGACGAGCUGGCCCAGAACUUCAUCCGCGCCUACAACGGCAUUAUGCUGAGCGUCGGCCAGCUGCUCAUCUUCGAGUUUCAUGGGCAGAAUCUCAAGCUCCAAGUCACAGGGCUCCAAACUGUUGAGCUUGUCAAUGCUCCUCCUGUGCAGGGUCACGGUGCUGCUUCCGGUGUGUUAAUGGAGAAAACGGAUGUCACAUUUAUCAAGGCGGCGGAUAGUGCUAUCAAGCUCAAGUCCAGCGCGAAGAAGGCACCACCGAAUGCUAUCCUCGCGCCAAACUUCAAGUUCGAGGAUAUGGGUAUUGGAGGCUUGGACUCCGAGUUCAGCACAAUCUUCCGCCGUGCUUUCGCUUCGCGCGUGUUCCCUCCUUCAAUUGUGGAGAAACUUGGUAUUCAGCACGUCAAGGGUAUCCUGUUGCACGGACCUCCGGGUACUGGCAAGACCCUGCUGGCCAGACAGAUUGGUACGAUGCUGAAUGCUCGGGAGCCUAAGAUCGUAAACGGUCCAGAAAUCCUCAACAAGUACGUCGGUGCGUCGGAAGAAAACAUUCGAAAGCUCUUCGCAGAUGCCGAGAAGGAGUACAAGGCCAAGGGUGACGAGAGUGGUCUCCAUAUCAUCAUCUUCGAUGAGCUAGAUGCUAUCUGCAAGCAGCGUGGUUCGACUCAAGGUGGAACUGGAGUUGGUGACAGCAUCGUUAACCAGCUGUUGUCCAAGAUGGACGGUGUUGACCAAUUGAACAAUAUCCUCAUUAUUGGAAUGACCAACCGCCUGGACAUGAUUGAUGAGGCCUUGUUGCGUCCGGGUCGUCUCGAGGUCCACAUGGAAAUUUCUCUCCCCGACGAAAAGGGCCGUCGUCAGAUCUUGAACAUUCAUACAGCGAAGAUGCGGACGAACAGCAUUAUGGACCAUGACGUCGACUUGCUUGAACUGGCUCAGCUCACGAAGAACUUUUCUGGAGCUGAGCUGAGUGGUCUCGUCAAGAGUGCUACGAGUUUCGCAUUCAGCAGACAUGUCAAGGUUGGUACGAUGGCUGGGAUCUCCGACGACGUCGAGAACCUGCGCGUCAACCGCUCUGACUUCAUGAAUGCACUCGAGGAAGUCACCCCUGCAUAUGGUGUUGCGAAGGAGGAGCUCGAGCAGGUUAUACAGAACGGCAUCAUCUUUUACGACCAAGUCAUCAACGACAUUCUGCGCUCUGGUGAGCUCUUCAUCGACCAAGUACGCACUUCGACGCGUACACCACUCGUCAGCUUGCUCUUGCACGGACCUCCGGGUUCCGGCAAGACUGCGCUUGCUGCAACCAUCGCCCGCGCAUCCGACUGUCCGUUCAUGAAACUCGUGUCGCCCGAUGACAUGGUUGGCUUCUCCGAGAGCCAGAAGGUUGCCGCCAUCAGCAAGAUUUUCUCUGACAGUUACAAGAGUCCACUCAGUGUCAUUGUUGUUGAUAGCUUGGAACGUCUGCUAGAUUUCACGCCCAUUGGCCCUAGAUUCUCGAACUCUGUUCUACAGUCGCUGCUAGUCCUGUUCGCCAAGCGUCCACCUAAAGGCCGGCGCCUACUCGUCAUUGCCACAACCUCUCUGCGCCCCGUUUUAACAGAUCUCGGCCUUUCCGAAAGCUUUGAUUCGGAGAUCCGCGUUCCGCCCGUAUCAAACCUGCGUUCGCUUGAGGUUAUCCUCAACGAGGUGGAUCUCCUCAAAAAUCCUCGCGACCGUGAGCACACGAUGCAGAUGCUCCAGCAGGCCGGCUUCGGCGGUGACAACGAGACCGGUGGCAUCAACAUAGGCGUCAAGAAACUGUUGAGCAUGAUAGAGAUGGCCAGGCAGGAGCCUGAGGCUGUAGGCGAGCGGUUGGUUACGUCGCUGAUGGGAUUGUAAUAUGAAUGUAGGUGUAUUAAUGACGUUAGAUUGUGUAUUCCGUAGCCAGGAAGCUUUCUCUGCA